UGAAUAUUCAAUUGAACAUUCAAUCAUAAUUCAAGCCAGUAUGAAAAGAACAAUUGACUUGACUGGAAUUUUAAGCCACUGUGUUUUGGUUUUAAAAUCAAAUGUCAGACACCCAUUUUCCAGAAAACAGGUAAAAAUUCCAAGGCUUUAUUAGUUUUUUAUUUGGCACUUCUUCCAGAAGCUGACGAAGACAGAAUUAAAGAAGACCAAGCAAGUCCCCAAGUCACCUAAAAAACUCAUCUUUCUUAAACCCUUUUUUCUAAAGUGCUUUCCUUCAACUUUUGUUCUAUGGGAUUCUCUUCAAAAGCUGAAAACUUUAAGACAGAGGAGAUGGAGUGCUCUGUGCCUUUUAAUGACAGAGAAUUGAGUAUUAGCUUUCUUGUAUUCAAGCCUAUGGUAAUGGUUGUAGAUGACUUUAUUGAAGCUCUGAAAGAAUUCUCUUUCUUCACCAAAAAUCUUGGCUGCAUCCAGAGUUCUGUACUGAAGAGCAUCCAUGGGAAUAUGAUCAUAUGGUGUGGAACUUGGGCAAAGAGAUCAAUUCAAAACACAGAAUCAUUAACUGAAGAACUGCUUCAAAACUUAACAAAUAUGUCAGACAUGGCAAGCUUAACCGAUCUUAGUUUCUUCGACGCGUAUGCGGGCGAUUCGAUGGACGGUUCCUCGGUCGCAAAGUUUUCGAGUAAUAGUACCAUAUCAAUGAUCUCAGCAGCUGCAAAGUCUGGUGAUAUAGAUGAUCUAUCCUAUGCUUGUUUGGCGAUUUUUAAGUCUCGGUUUCGAAAGAUGGAAGGCGUAAAGUCUGGAAUUUGCUUGAAAUGCGAAAGUAGGCCGAGCGUUGUUUCGCUAUACGUGUGGAAUUCUUUGUUUAACUGUUACUCUUGGAUCUUGAACUCGGAUCAUAUGAAGUCAAUGUUGCCUUAUUUGGAUCGUUUCCCUCAGCUUUGUGUUAAAUAUGACAUGUUUCAAGUGGUGGAUGUAACUGUAAGUGAUCAUACAAAUACUAUUCCUUAUUUUCAGUAUUUGGUACCUCAGCAUAUGUUGGAUAAUGAUCAAGACAAAAGAAUAAAGUCUUGUGUGAUGUGAAAUCAAUGACAAAGAUACUACAAUCACCGCUUCUCCUUUUGG